CAAUGGCACGGUAUAAUGCGAACUGUUCAAUUCGAGAGAGUGAAUUAUGGCGAAUUUGAAGUGGAGCAGGGCUGGCGCGGCGGUGACACUGUGAUGUGGACCUGAGCGCGCGAUUUGCACAAACACGCGCUCGCCCCAUGGUGAAUUUAAAUGAAACUACGUGCGAGAUGGGAUGUAUCAGCCGAUCCAAGGGUCUAUGUUUUCACUGUGAGAUUGCUCGGCGAAUUCGUUGAUGUUUAUCGGUGUGGUGUAAUCGACAAGCUGAGUUUCCACUGGCGCGUCUGCGCUUGCGCGCGAGCCGAGGAGAGAGUCCAGUGCGGUGCGUAGGCAGUAUAGCAAAGAGCGUGCGUGUUGCAGACGAAGAAGUGCAGACAGUCCGGUGCGGACGGGACGACGCCAGAACAGUGCUCAGCUACGCGGCCAUCACGUGUUUGCGCUCCUCCUGGCGCCGCUCGCAAAACGCCACUCCGCUCGACCGCCAGCCGAAGAGCUUCACGCCAGGUUCUGUCAUCGGCGCAGGCGCCCCUCGAAAACAGGGUCGCAGUCUUCGUGUUGUCCGGAUAAUAAUCCGAAGAGGAAGGCGUAGGCAGAGAGGAAGCGGCACCGAGAGCAGGAUUCGGGAGAAGCGCGCGCAUUAGAGAAUGUAUUCGAUAAGGAAAGCCAACAAGAUGCUGGCAAGGCGCCGAGUGACGCUGCGCUUCUGGAACGCCCCGAGCAGCAGCUUCGGCACGGACGUGGAGUACAAGCCGAUCCGCAGCGUGCUGGUGGCCAAUCGCGGCGAGAUCGCCAUUCGGGUGUUCCGCGCCUGCACGGAGCUGGGCAUCCGCUCGGUGGCCAUCUACUCCGAGCAGGACAAGAUGCAGAUGCACCGGCAGAAGGCCGACGAGAGCUACAUCGUGGGCCGCGGCAUGCCGCCCGUGCAGGCCUACCUCGACAUCCCGGAGAUCAUCCGCGUGGCCCGUGAGAACGACGUGGAUGCCAUUCACCCCGGUUACGGCUUCCUCUCGGAGCGCUCCGACUUCGCGCAAUCGGUCAUCGACGCCGGUAUCCGUUUCAUCGGGCCCAAGCCCAGCGUGGUCCGCCAGAUGGGAGACAAGGUUGCCGCGCGGCAGGCCGCCAUCGGUGCCGGCGUGCCGAUCGUCCCGGGCACCGACGGCCCCGUGACCACCUCCGACGAGGCCCUGGAGUUCUGCAACAAGUACGGCCUGCCGGUGAUCUUCAAGGCUGCCUACGGCGGCGGCGGUCGCGGCAUGCGGGUCGUGCGCAAGAUGGAGGAGGUGCGCGAGAUGUUCGACCGCGCCUCGUCGGAGGCCAAGGCCGCCUUCGGUGACGGCGCCAUGUUCAUCGAGAAGUUCAUCGAGCGGCCGCGCCACAUCGAGGUCCAGCUCCUCGGCGACCACGCCGGCAACGUGGUCCACCUGUACGAGCGCGACUGCUCCGUUCAGCGUCGCCACCAGAAAGUCGUGGAGAUCGCGCCAGCGCCGAUGCUCGACCCGAAGGUGCGCCAGGCGAUGACCGAUCACGCCGUGAAGCUCGCCAGGCACGUCGGCUACUCGAACGCCGGCACCGUCGAGUUCCUCGCCGACGAGCGUGGCAACUUCUUCUUCAUCGAGGUGAACGCCAGGCUGCAGGUCGAGCACACCGUCACCGAGGAGAUCACCGGCAUCGAUCUCGUCCAGUCGCAGAUCAGGGUCGCCGAGGGCAUGACUCUGCCGGAGCUCGGCAUGACCCAGGAGAACAUCACGCCCCAAGGCUUCGCCAUCCAGUGCCGAGUGACCACCGAGGACCCAGCCAAGAACUUCCAGCCGGACUCCGGCAGAAUCGAAGUGUUCCGCUCGGGCGAGGGUAUGGGGAUUCGACUGGACAGCGCCUCCGCCUACGCGGGCGCCAUUAUCUCGCCUUACUACGACUCGUUGCUCGUCAAGGUGAUCGCCCACGCGGCCGACUUGCAGUCGUCGUGCGCCAAGAUGAAUCGUGCGCUGCGCGAGUUUCGCGUCCGCGGCGUCAAGACCAACAUCCCCUUCCUGCUGAACGUGCUGGAGAACCAGAAGUUCCUGAAUGGCGUGGUCGACACCUACUUCAUCGACGAGAACCCGCAGCUGUUCCAAUUCCAGCCCACGCAGAAUCGCGCUCAGAAGCUCCUCAACUACAUCGGCACCGUGCUCGUCAACGGGCCCAGCACACCUCUGGCCACGCCGCUGAAACCAGCGGAGAUUGGACCGCACGUUCCUCAACUCGAUAUCGACGACUUGAAGCCGCCUCAAGGCUUCCGACAGAUUCUCAAGGAGAAGGGACCGGAAGCGUUCGCCAAAGCAGUGCGCGCUCACAAUGGGUUGCUGCUGAUGGACACCACGUACCGAGACGCUCAUCAAUCGCUGUUGGCCACUCGAGUGCGCACCCACGAUCUGCUGCUCAUUUCACCGUUCGUCGCGCACAAGUUCAACAGACUGUACGCCCUGGAGAACUGGGGCGGCGCGACGUUCGACGUCGCCUUGCGCUUCCUGCACGAGUGCCCUUGGGAGAGGCUCGAGGACAUGCGUAAAGUCAUCCCCAACAUUCCGUUCCAAAUGCUGUUGCGCGGUGCCAACGCGGUCGGUUACACCAACUACCCCGACAACGUUGUGUUCAAGUUCUGCGAGCUGGCCGUGCAGACCGGCAUGGACAUCUUCCGCGUGUUCGACUCGCUGAACUAUCUGCCGAACUUGAUACUCGGCAUGGAGGCGGCCGGUAAAGCCGGUGGCGUCGUCGAGGCAGCCAUCUCCUACACCGGUGACGUGAGCGAUCCGCAAAGGCGUAAGUACGACCUUAACUACUACGCUGGUCUGGUCGAUGAGCUGGUGAAAGCCGGUACCCACGUGCUCUCCAUCAAGGACAUGGCCGGACUGCUCAAGCCCAAAGCAGCUCAUCUGCUAGUUGACGCGAUUCGCCAGAGGCAUCCAGACCUGCCCAUUCACAUUCACACGCACGACACUUCUGGUUGUGGCGUUGCGUCCAUGCUUGCUUGCGCCGAAGCCGGGGCCGAUGUCGUUGACGUGGCAGUCGACAGCAUGUCCGGCAUGACCAGUCAGCCAUCGAUGGGCGCGAUCGUCGCCUCGCUGCAGUCGUCGCCGCUCGACACGCAAUUUGACCUUCGCGAUGUGUCCGAGUACUCUGCCUACUGGGAGCAGACGCGCACGCUGUACGCGCCGUUCGAGUGCACCACCACUAUGAAGAGCGGCAACGCCGACGUCUACCUCAACGAGAUUCCCGGCGGUCAGUACACCAACUUGCAAUUCCAGGCUUACAGUCUUGGCCUCGGUGAGUUCUUCGAGGACGUCAAGAAGGCGUACCGCGAGGCUAAUCUCUUGCUCGGAGACAUCAUCAAGGUCACGCCGAGCUCCAAGGUCGUUGGUGAUCUCGCGCAAUUCAUGGUGCAGAAUAAGCUAAAGGCCGACGAGGUGCUCGAGCGCGCCGAAGAAUUGUCCUUCCCCAAAUCCGUCGUGGAGUUCUUGCAGGGUGCUAUUGGUAUACCUUACCAAGGGUUCCCGGAACCGCUGCGCUCCAAGGUCCUCAAAGAUAUGCCGCGCAUCGAGGGCCGUCCAGGUGAAUCUCUUCCUCCGCUCGACCUUGCCGCGCUCAAGUCCGAGCUUCAGGAGACCUAUCCGCAGAUCAGCGACAGAGACGUUAUGUCGGCAGCUCUUUAUCCACAAGUCACUAAAGACUAUCUCAACUUCCGCGAUACCUUCGGACCCGUUGACAAACUCGAUACCAGGAUCUUCCUUACCGGGCCGAAAGCUGGCGAGGAAUUCGAGGUGACGAUCGAGAAGGGUAAGACACUCGGUAUCAAGACACUCGCCGUUGCCGAGGAUCUCACAGCUAAUGGCGAACGAGAGGUAUUCUUCGAAAUGAACGGCCAGUUGCGUUCGGUCUUCAUCAAGGACAAGGAAGCUGUCAAGGAAUUGCAUAUUCACCCGAAGGCAAACAAGGGUGAUAAGAAACAAGUUGGUGCACCGAUGCCCGGCAGCGUCAUCGAUAUUCGCGUCAAAGUCGGUGACACCGUAGAGAAGGGCGCCGCUCUCGUCGUUCUUUCGGCUAUGAAAAUGGAAAUGGUUGUGCAAGCACCUCAAGCUGGAAAAAUCAAGAGCCUUGACAUCACUCAAGGAAUGAAGCUCGAGGGCGAAGAUCUCAUUUGCACUAUGGAAUAAAUAGACCCAGUGCCUUCCUUUCUUUCCCUUGUAACUACCCGCCAUGUUCGUCUCUUAAGGAAUGGGUACACUGAACGAAAACCUAAUGACCGUAGAAGAAACCAACGACUUUUUUGUUAUUGUAUAUAUUCUAUCUAUACGUGAACUUUUAUUUUCGAACGUAUAUUCUAUGCGAAACGAAACGAAUUUAAUAUUAUGUUACGUACGAUCGUUGAACGAUUAUAUUUUAUUGUGAUUCUAGUAGAGAACUAAUCUGAAGUAUUGUAACGAAUGACUUUUGAUAGUGAAAAAAAUACCUUUCUAGCACAAGAAAACAUUUUUGUAGCACAAAAAUUGUAAUUUUUUAAUUAUGUAACAGAGCUCAUACGCACCGGUGAUAAAUGAAUUUUUGAGAGCUCAAAUUUUAUACUCAUUCUCCAUGAAAGAUACUCUGAUCUGUAAAUAGCGAUUUUUUCUUUUAUUAUCCUCCGUUUUACUCGUACAAUGAAUAAAAAUGUAUCUAUUUUUUUUCAAAUUUUCAGCAUUUCUUUUCAAAACAUCAUGUAAUUUUAUCUUAUUAAUAAAUCGUAGCCAGACGAUUCGACAACGAUUUUCUCCUGAAAAGUUUAUAUUUUAAGAACUACGUUGUUAUAUGUUAAAGCAGUUAAUGACUGAAUUUUCCAAUAUGUAAAGCACUGUAUUUUUGUGAACCUUCGAUAAUGUAGAAUUUACUGAAAACAUUCCUUCCUAGACGAAAUAAGUCAAUUUCAGUGUGCUCUCUUCUUAAUGUUGCGAUACAUAAAUUUGCGCGAAUUCCUUCAUUCAAUUAGUUAUGCUUGUUCGCAUCAACUUGGAAUAAUUGAUUGGCCAUAUAAUCAAAUUGAUAACUGUGCAUUUGUUAAGUACCUUUAUGUUAUGUAUAGAUAGCUAAGGAGGUUGUAAACCGUAUAACUAUACGACUCUACUUACAGGAAAUUAAUUGUUCCUUAUAAAACUUCCAUCGAUUCCAAUUUGUGAAAGAAUUCUAAUCGAUGAACUAAGCCAGAAAUUCAAAAAAUGUCCCGGUGAAUAGAAAUAAAUCUUCGUUAAAAGUUCGAUUUGCUUACGAUGGUGCAUUAUCGGUAAAUAGUGAUAGUCAAUAAAAAAAAUGAGACCCCGAAACCCGCAUUAUGCAAUAUUAUGCAUUAAUCCAUCCAAUGAUUAUGUUCUCUAUUUUACUAUACAUGUACAUUCAAACUCUAUACUUUGGCCUUCAAAUCAAAAGAAAUUCAGUGAUAAGUCAUCUUUAAAAGAUCAUGUUUUUAUAUUGUAAACUGACUAUCUUCAAUUUGAAGUAUAAAUUUGAUGACAAUAAAUUAACAAAAAAUAUGAAAUACUUAUAGUUUAGUUACUUCACAUACACGUAGGUAAAGUUGAAAAUCAACAUUGAAUUAUUACUGUGAUCGAAGCUGUUGAAAAUUAAAACGAUUCUAUAUUUUCGUUUUAUCUCUCCUGUUUAUAUAACAUACGUUGUAGGAGUUUAAAGUAGAAUAUAAGAACAUUUACGUCAGUUCAUGUAUAUCUACGCAUAUUUUUCUCGCAUUUGUAUAUCUUGCGAAUACACUUGUAAAUUUUAUUUUAGUCAGAUUGGGGGUCAUGUGUGCGAUAAAAUUGAGCGACAUGUAUGCUUUUGUCGAUAUUAAAAAAAAAUGUCAAUAACGAUUGGAAAUAAUUCACAGAAUGAAAUAUCAAAUUUCAGGACCACGAUCACUGGUGAAUCUCUUAAACGUAAUAUUUCCAUGACAGACAUCAGACUAAUAUAAAUAAUUAAUAACAAUGUCAUGGUUCCAAAACCAUUUUUUUCAUAUUUCCUACUUAAAAAGACUGUAAUUUCUCCGCAAAAAAAUCUGAUACCAUCGUUUGUUCGAAGGACGGUCAAUUACUUUAGAAUAAUAAAUUUAGAACAGAUAAGAAAAUACCUGAAAAGACAAUUUUUGUAAUAGGUGGAUAGUUGCUACCAUUUUGCACCAUACUUGGCACUCAAUUUAUACCCUGCUUUUGAGAAACAUAUAUAUUGGGGCUAAGAACUUGUCAAUAUGUAAACUGAACGAUUUGACCUACCUCAAUUUCCGUGGUAAUACAUAUUUUAUUACGGACAUUUACGACCCAGUGGCUUUUCCUGGACUUUUUCCCUUUAGGCAACUCCAGAAAAAAGGGAUAUUACUGACAACGAUAGCUUCAGAAAGCUAAUCAUCGAGAGUCACCUGCGCGCACAUAAGUGCACUUGACGUUCGACAGAAAAAGAUGAAAAAUGAAUCUUCGCAGCGUGCUCCCACGCGCGUCCUUCGAUAGCUACCGAGAGCCCGACGGACAUAGAUUGUUGAUAGUGUAUAUACACAUACAUAUACAUACAUAUAUAUGUGUGUGUGUGUGUGUGUGUGUGUGUGUAUGUGUGUGUGAAUGUAUAUGCGUAUAUAGUUUGUUGCAUCGCUGUAUAUUUUAUUGUACAUAUACGUAGAGAGAAAUGGCAAAUGUAAAAGAUAGAGAAAACAGAGGUAUGAUAUUGCAUUGUUGUGCGCGCGCUGCGUAGUUUUUAGUAUACUAUAUGCAUGCAUAAUGUAUGCGCGCGGAGAAGGCUUAAGCGCCUGAAGCGAUUAUGAUUGCACAUGUAGGUGGGCAUGCUCUGUUUUCAGAGCCCUGUGUUUCGUCCCCAUCGUCUUUACCGUUUUUUUUCUGCUGUUUUUGGGAAAUAAAUGAGUACAACA